GAAAUAAGAGAGGGUCCGAUAAUGAUGGAAAAGUGCUGAAAUCUUGUCUUUCAUUAUUCGACCGAGAAUCAUCAAUCAGCUCCGUUUUGCUCCCGCUGCCGGUUACAUUCGCGUGUGAGCAUCUCCAGAAAGUGAAAAGAAGAGGUUAGAACGGCUCGUGCACGGUUCCGCACGGCGAUCGCGACGACAAAGGAAAAAUGGCAAGAUUGAUCGUCCAGAUUAGUAGACGUGCGGUAAAAACCGUCUCGCACAAUUUGUUCAAUACAUCUGCGAAGUCGAGGAUACCCUUUGCCAUAAUGCGGUCCAUAACCACGACUCAGUACUUGAGAGAUGAACGAUGGUACACCGAUAAGCACGAAUGGAUAACAGUAGAUGGCAAAAUCGGCACAGUCGGUAUAUCGGAUUACGCGCAGGAUGCUCUCGGAGAUGUGGUGUAUGCCCAGCUCCCCGAUGUAGGAUCGACAAUCAAGAAACAUGAGGAAUGUGGAGCCCUAGAAUCAGUGAAGGCAGCUUCAGAAUUGACAAGUCCUGUCAGUGGGAGAGUUACAUCAAAAAAUGAAGCAGUUGAAAGUAAACCCGGAUUAAUUAAUAAAUCUUGUUACAAAGACGGUUGGUUAUUCCAAGUAGAGUUAAGCGAUUUAGAUGAGCUCAAGAGUUUAAUGAAUGAAGAGGCUUAUAAUGUGUUUUUGAAAUCCGACGCGCAUUAAAUCUGUA